GUGACGAGUACCUUUGCCUUCAUCGGGUCUGAACACGAUCCUGUUUAUCCCUAUGUACGCCGGGAUACGCCGUGAUAUAAACAAAUCAAUACAGCCUUCGGGAAGUGUCAGCCUUCAAUCGCCAAAGGGCAAGGUUGAUUACAACACCGUGUGGGCCUUUCUUCUUCUCUGACAACCAUCAGGAGUGAUCUUUUCGCGUUCUCUACUCGACCAAGCGUUCACCUACACGUAUAUUUAUACUUUUUGAAAGCAUAAAUUUUCACAUCUCUCUCCUCUGCACAACCAUUGCACUUCCCUUGAUCUUUGCUGAAACCACUUUUUUUUUCAAAACAAACAAUCUUCGCACACACUACAGAAACAAUGCCAACGAAAAUUCACGUCUUCCGUGACGAUGAUAUCACUUCUACCAUCUCUUCUUCACGGGCACCCAGUUCAUCUCGUGCAUCAAGCAGAGCGCCAAGCAUGACACCCGGUCCAACCUCUUCUUCAAGUCGCCGACCGUCCAUAUCAUCGCGUCGCCUUUCUCUAUCCAAUGGUGGUGGCAUCUCUCAAGUCCAAGUAGUCGGUAAAAGUCUCAUCUCUACCAACGUUUCCACUGUCACGAUGGCUCUCAACAAGGAAAAUCGUGACCCCGUCACGGGUGUCUUACUUUCCGAACUUCUCAACUCUCUCGGAUGUAGUGGCAAAACUGGCAAACAAACCAGUGGCGGAGGUGGUGGUACCUCAUUGGAACCUGCAUCAGUGACCACUACUCCAUUAACAAAGCAAAAGUUCCUCGCAACCACGAUCACGACCACGGUUCUUUCGCCCGUGUUGGACUCCUCGCCUCCGUCCUCAACCCGUGCCACGCCCGAACCCCAUUCGGCCACACGCAAAGGAGAAGAUGAUGAUGAGGGAAGUACUAAUGAUGCACUGGCAACGCCUCGUCCACCUCAACGUAAAUCGCGGGUCGUUGUCUCAAGCAUUGACUCUCCCGCUUCACGCACCCGUGCUAAAACUGGCUCUUCAUCAUCUGAACUCGUCAUACGCAAAGGUCGUGUUCCCCUUGCUCAAAAAAGCACCAUUUCGGGCCGUGGAUUGAAGGGUUCUCCAUUGAAGUCGAAAUCUUCCAUGCCUUUGUAUUCAGAUGACGCUGCCACUACCAUGGCUGCGUCUAAACGGACCCGCUCAUCACGUUCCGCGAAGAAGACAGCACUAAAAACCGAUGUCGAUCCAUCGGACCUCUUAUCCCUCCCACUCCCCUCGUCCGAGAAAUCUUCAUCCUCUAAGUCCGGAACGAAGUCUAAUAAGAAAUCGUCCUCAUCCGCUUCAAACAAACGCGUAAAAAAUACCGUCAUGUCACAACACGCCUCCUUCGUUCGAUCGACCAUACCUUCAUUCGCCGUUUUUCAGGAUAAUAUCCCUGCUCCUGCUUCUGCUUCCGCUUUUCUUCCUUCAUCUGCUCCUCAUCUAGAGAUGGAUUACCUCCUUCAAGGAUCAUCCCCUUCAACAGACAAUGAGGAUGUGGAGAUGCACGAUGCGAAUGAGGUAUCAGCCAUCGUACAACGGUUGGUUGAUCAGAAGUGUCGAGAGUUGACCGUUCGACCUCUGGCGAACGUUAGUGAGGCGUAUGGAGCGUCUUCCAGUGCAUUUGGAUCGUCGGUGGAUGGGGAGGGGAUAUUUUAAGCUGUUUGUAAAGAUUAGGGACUGGUUGUGGAGCGCAUGCGUAAUGGAUCUCAUUGGUUUUUGGGCGACUUGGAUGCGAACUGGGGCUCGG